AUGGAUUGCGGGUUUCCAGCCCUCCCAGAGUCCACUAAAAUCAGUAUUUAUAAGAAACGUUACGAAGAGUACAGUUUUAUACAAUACGAGUGCGAUUCUGAGGACAAACUACUUGUUGGGAACUCCACCUUACGUUGUAUUAACGGCAAAUGGAUCGGCAAUUUACCAAGAUGUGAGUUCAGUUGGAAUAUCACUUCCAGUCAAAGAGUGUCCAUUCAAUUGGAAAAUGAGGACAGAAUCGACUACUUUUCUAUAAUACUCUUUGCAAAGGAUUUGAUGAAUUACUUGCAAAACGGAGAUCUCGUGUCCUACUCAUUCAGCGAUUCUUGCGGUUCAGUCGAAAAGCCGUUGCAUUCAAUUGAAUUGAGUCACGAAAAGUGGUUCACUAUAUUUGGCUGCGAAGAAGACUUCUAUUUGGAUCCGAUUAGCAGUCAAAGAGUGUUUUGCGAGUCAUCCGGCACUUGGAAUACAAGGUUUCCCCGGUGUUUGGCUAAGACAUUGUGUCGACUGCCGGCGAUGGACACCUCCGACCACUACAUUCACGUGGAGUACAAAUACCUAAACUAUUUGAACGGAACGCCUAAUGCAGAGACCAACUCAAUGGCCAUAUAUUCGUGUCGUACCGGCAAUGAGACGGACAUU